UUAUAAAUAUAGACUAGAUAAACGGACAAUUCACAAAAUGGCAGAAGGAAAACCUUCCGUUAUCGUCAAUGUCAACAUCAAGCAUCAGGAAGAAACGAAUAUUGCUGGAGACAAUGUCGGGCAGAAGACGGAUGUUAAAGCCGCAGAGAUUGCCCAGGUCGUCGUUCCAGUACCAGGAAACUCAGAAGCUACCACAUCAAACACACUACAACAUGACUCGGUACCAACAACUGUUAUCAAAGAAUCAGAGGGAAAAAAAGGAAAUAAGUCACCAAUGAUGUUUGCACAAAACAACAAACCCAAAUCGCCAUCCACACCUUCUGACGUCAAAAAGUCAAUUGCAAAGAUGAAUGUGAGCGGCGGAAUGAAGGAUUUCAUUGCAUGUGAGACUUCUCGUCAUCUCAUGCAAAAUAAAAAGUUAAUCGAAGUUGUGGAUCAGAUCAAAGAUCUUUCGUCAUCGCCAUUCCAACAGUUAAUGAUGUCAGAAUGCUACUUUCAACUUGGAAAAGAGAUAAACGCGUCGGAGUGCGUUCAAGCGUUACAAACAAUGAUGACGUCAUCGCCAAGACCUAAGGUCGGUGACGUCAUCAAAUUGGUCAAUAUUUAUAUUUCUGAUUCGUCUCAUAUUCGUGCAUUGAUUUUACUCUCUUGCUGUGCUAAGUUGUAUAAGUUCGAUUCGAACUCGAAUAAUUCGGUUCCUGGAAUCAGAGAGAUUGGAGGUCAGUGUCGGGAGCUAAUAAUACUAGGAAGGCGGAUAAGGAAGCGCAAUGCUUGA